CCGGUUCAUGGAUUCGAUGAACAUUUUAUAUUUAAAUAAAAAACCAAUGAACGUGAAACUUUAAUAAAAUCUAUCGAUUGUGAAUUUAAAACAAAAGUGCAUGACGGAUAAUGGGGAUGAACUUUACGUUAGGUGAUUUGGAUUUUCUAAGUUUUCAAUUGUGUCGCUGCUGAUGUUAAAUGAGAAAUUAGAAAACUAUUACGUUUGUUCGUUCGUUUGUUCGUUCGUUCGUUGAUCUAAUUUACUUUUGGAAGUUUCGUGAAUAGUGAAAAUCGAUCGUUAUGACGUUCAAUGCGACAAAUGGAACAAUCAAGUUUCCCGAUUAUGAUAUGAACGAGUCCUUCACCAAAUUCAGAUGGAAGGAGCUUGCGCCUGUUCUCGUUGUCUAUUCGUUGACCUUUUUUCUUGGAUUAAUAGGAAACGUAGUCAUCAUUGCAUCAACACUUUGUCCAAGACUUCGACCAUUACCUUCAACCCCAACCAACGUUUUUCUUGGUGGUUUGGCUACAGCUGAUCUUCUUUUGAUCAUUUUUUGUAUACCUGUCAAGAUCGCCAAAUUGUUCUCGUAUACAUGGACAAUGGGUAUUUUCCUAUGCAAAUCUGUGCAUUACAUGCAAAGCGUUUCUGCUAUCUGUUCCGUUGUCACUCUCACUGCAAUGUCCAUUGAAAGAUAUUACGCCAUAGUACAUCCGAUGAGAGCACAAUACACGUGUACCAUAAGCCAAGCAAGAAAAAUUGUAAUAAUCACGUGGGCUGCGUCAUUUCUUUUAGGUAUACCAAUGGUAUUCACUCAGAGGCAUAAAGAAGUUGGACAAAGGGUCAUUGCAUAUUGGUGCGUUCGUGAUCCCGAUGCUGCAUUUUUAUGGAAAGCACAUGAAGUUUAUAUGCUUGUACUAGUUCUUGUAUUACCACUUACCGUAAUGGCAUUUUGUUAUACUGCAAUUUGUUGGGAAAUUUGGAAAGUUAUGAAACGUCGUUAUCAUAUGACAGCGAGACACGCGUGGUAAAAAUGUUGGUGGCCGUGGUGGUUCUCUUCGCAAUUUGUUGGGGUCCCAUAUUAAUCGACAACGUGCUCACAGCUUACCGCAUUUUACCACGCCAGAGGAAGGGAAUUUACAAGCAUAUGAACACGGCUUUUCACUUAAUGGCUUACUUCAACAGUUGCAUCAAUCCUAUCAUCUAUGGAUUCAUGUCGAAACAUUUCCGUGAAAGUUUCUUAGCUGCCGCUUGCGGUGGAUGGUGGAUUUGUUGUCCAAGAAGAGGUUACAGAACACCAAUGAAAAGACACUCGAGUCUUAGUCAAACCAGAACGACUAGCGUUAGAUGGACUUGAUUCUUUCUUCGUCCUCGAAUCACUACGAGGGAAACUUUUCAUAUGUAGGUAGGCAAAUUUUUUGGGGGAGAGAAAGAAAAAACAAAAAAGAAAAAAAAAAGAAGAAAGUGAACUAUGCGCAAAACGAAGUAAUUAAAAAAGUUUCCAGCCGAAGAGAGGGGGAGGAAGGGAGAAAGAGAGCGAGAGAGAGAGAGAGAGAGAGAGAAAGAGAAUGAAAAAAACAAACCUUUAAACUGAAGAGUUUUAAAAUGGGGCUACUAGUCGUUAAAAACGAGCAAAGUCUUGCAUAUCCUACUCGUUCUAAUCAAUUUCUUUAUUUUUUUUGUUUUUUGUUUUUAUAUAUAUACAUAUAUAUAUAAACAAAAUUAAUUACCUAUAACAUAUUACGUAUAAUAAGAUAAUAUAUUUAGCUAUAAUAAAUAUAGAAAAUAAACUUUGUCGUACAGCUUGUGAACAUACGUGAGAAUCAAAUUACUUUGUAGAUUUUUUUACUUUUUUUUUUCUUUUUUUUUUUUCUUUUUUUUUUUUUUUUUUUUACUUUUCCUUCAACAAAAUUAUAUAUGAUAUAUUAAUCAAUUAAAAAAAAAAAUGUAUAAUACAAGCGAACGCUUAUUAUAUUCAACUCUUAUACAAACUUAUUACUUUGUAUAUAAUAAUAAAUAUACACACACAUAUAUUAAUGGUAAUUGUAACAUAAUACAAGAAGAAAAUGUUGUCUUUAAAUUUUAUUCAUAUCAUUGGUAAGGUGCAUUUAAAUGAUACGUAAUCUUUCAACAAACGUUUAAAAAAUAUUAAUUAUUAAUUAUUAAUUAAAAGAUAAAAGAGUAAAGAGAAAAGAUGGGAAAAAAGAAUUAAAUACGUAAUAAAAAAAAAAAUAAUAGAUGUAAGAGAAGAAAAUCUGUUCGAGAGAGAUUUUCGACGUUAAUAAAAUAAAAUAAAAAAAAAAAAAAAAUGGGGAAAAUCGAAUCGCUGAAAAUUUCCAAAGAAGAAGAAGUAGAAGAAGAGAGAGAAAAAAAAAUAAAGAAAUAAAUUAUAGAGAG